AUGGAUAACAUCGAGAAAAUCGUGCAAGCUCAAAAGACGAUUGCAACUGAGAUCGAAGUAAUUAUCAGAAAUUACAAAAAGGACUCCAGCGAUAGGAAGCAGACACCGGCAUAUUUUGAAAAACGACUUCAGGAUCUCAAGAAGGCAUGGCAACAAUUCGAAAUCAAUGAUAAUACCCUCCAGAAAGAAUGUUCGGAAGACAAGUCGCAUGAAUACUUCACUAAGAAUUUCUAUGAACAGGUAUUGAAAAUUUGGGAACAAUACGAAGCCACUUUUAGUGAACAAAUAACAUUGUUGUCAAACGUAACCUCAUUCGCCACUAAUAAGAAUGUAGAAGCACAAGUAAUAGCUACGAAAAACAGCUCAUGUGAUUCCAAUAAACUAUCUCUAAUGAUGCGACGCCAACAAGAGUUUGGCAAAACUAUAAAACGUCAACUAAUUGACGCUAACAUCACCACGGACAUACCUUUAGCACGUAAGGUACUGUUGAAGGAUUCUAUUCUUCGCUUAUGGGCCCAUUUUGAGGAACUCCAUUACAGCAUUUGUGAAUUAGAAUCCAAUCCAGCAACUAUUGGAUAUGAUGAAGAAGGGUUUAUAUCGUUAGAAAGAGAAGUCCAAAAUAUGUCCUUAAAGGUGGAAGAGUUGAAACUUGCUUCAACGUCUUCGCAUACCUCAACAUUAACAUCUGCAUCAAUGCAGUUACCACGAGUAAUAAUACCAAGGUUCAGUGGGAACUACUUGGAAUGGAGGCAAUUUCGCGACUUGUUCAAUGAAGUGGUAAAUAAACAAUCACUUGCGAAUUGCCAAAAAAUGUUUUAUCUAAAAUCGAAUUUGGACGGAGAAGCAGCACGUCUAAUUGCUCAUUUAACAGUAUCUGAGGAUAAUUUUAGUAGUGCCUGGAGUUUACUUUGCCAGCGCUACGAUAAUAAGCGGCUUCUUGUGAAUGCAUUUAUUGCAAAACUUAUUUCUCAACAAAUUAUAACAUCUGAAAGCUCUGAAGCUAUCAAACGACUCCAUGAUACAACUUCUGAGUGUAUUCUUGGACUUAAAAAUCUUGAAAUCAACAUCGAAAACUGGGAUCCAAUAAUACUUUUCAUUUUGACGAAGAAAUUGGAUCCAAUAACACACAGCUUGUAUGAACAGAACGUGAAGGAUCCAAGAAGAAUCCAACAGUUAAAUGAAUUUCUGGAAUUUUUAGAACUUCGCUUCCAAGCAUUAGAGGCAAUUGGAGGCAAGAGCAUUAACAAGGCGUGUUUAAAUACUACAAAUGGAAUGUUAAAAUGUUUAGCUUGCAAGGGAGAUCAUAAAACUUCCACUUGUAAAAAUUACUUGAAAAACCCCCCGGAAAUUCGCAGAAAUAUGAUUCUCAGUGCCAAACGUUGUGUAAAUUGCUUGCGCUCGGGCCAUUUUUCAACAAAAUGCCCAUCUCAGGGUUGUCUGAAAUGCAAAAGAAGGCAUCAUACAACUUUACAUGAACUUUAUGCUGCCAAUGGCAAGUCUCAGGUCACUACUGACUCAUCGCGAAAUAACGAUUCACACCAAUUAGGUGGGCAUGCAGCAGCUACGCUUACAACAAGUAGACCCGUAGAGUUGAAGAAAUCUUAUGGUUUACUAGCAACUGUAAUAAUGACGGUUCUGAAUUCUCAGGGCGUGGAAUGCAAGAUGCGUGCAUUACUGGAUUCAGGCUCACAAGUGAACCUCAUAACAGAACGAGCAGCACGAAAACUUGGGCUAACUCAAUUAUCAAGCUCGCUGAAUCUUAGUGGCGUCGGUCAGAAAAACAAGUGCUCAAAAAAAAGAGUCUACGUAGUUAUAUCAUCUAGUGUAACUAACUACAAAACUGAAAUAGAAGCUCAUAUGUUGCCAACAAUAGUUGCAAAUCAGCCUGCAAUUGAACUGGAUACAUCAAAUUGGGCUAUACCAGAAGGAGUUGUGUUGGCUGAUGCCCAAUUCAACAAACCAGGUCCAGUAGAUAUUCUUAUUGGCGUUGAAUUAUACAACGACAUGGUUCUGCCAAGGAGAAUUUCGCUAGGAAACAAUUAUCCAAUGUUACAAAAAACUGUGUUUGGGUGGAUGGUCAGUGGUCGGAUUUCUGGGUUUUCGUCUUCUGCAUCGAUUUGCGGUGUUCUUACAAAUAAUGUAGAACUCGAUCUGCACAAAUUUUGGGAACUAGAGGAGAUACAGCAAGGUUCGUCGGAUCAAACACUUGAAGAACAGCAAUGUGAGGAACAUUUUAAUCGAUCUGUGGCAAGAUCAACUGAUGGUAGAUUCGUUGUGAAAUUACCAUUCAAAGGAGAAGUCACUUCUUUAGGCUAUUCGCAAAGAUUAGCACAGCAACGUUUUUUCGCUGUAGAAAGACGUCUCAACGGAGACCCUGAAUUCAAAACAACAUACAAUAAAUUUAUGGAAGAGUACAUCAACCUGGGACAUAUGAGUGUGAUCAACCCAGAUGAUAUAAUCCAUCCCUGUUAUUUUUUGCCUCAUCAUGGAGUUCUUCGACCAGAGAGCUCCACCACGAAACUUCGAGUAGUGUUCGACGCCUCUGCACCAACUUCCACAAGCAUAUCUUUAAAUGAUGUGUUAGCUACUGGUCCAACUAUCCAGGAUGAUUUAUUCGCUAUACUGACACGUUUUCGUUUAUCUAAAUUCGUUUUCACGGCCGAUAUCGAGAAGAUGUAUCGUCAAAUUAUGGUGGACCAAGAUGACCGUCGAUUCCAACUAAUUUUAUGGAGAAACAACGACAAUGAGCCUCUUCGAACUUAUCAACUUAAUACCGUAACUUAUGGGACAUCGUCAGCACCGUAUCUUGCCACAAAAUGCUUGCAACGGUUGGCUGAAAUUGAAGAAAGUAGGCACCCGACAGCUGCAGCUAUCGUCAAAAGAGAUUUUUACGUAGAUGACGUCAUGACAGGGUUCAACAGUAUGUCUGAAGCAUUACAUGCACGAAACGAACUUAUUAAACUAUUGCACAAGGGUGGCUUUAAGCUUCGCAAAUGGUGCGGCAAUCAUCCAAAAUUAAUGGAAGGGUUGCACCCAUCCGACAUAGCUGUACAACUAGACUUCAACACGAUGGAAUGCGGUCACAUUAAGACAUUGGGCCAAGUGUGGAUCCCAACAACAGAUGAGUUUAAGAUACAGAUCAACAAAAACGAACACGUCAAAUAUACUAAAAGAAGUAUAUCAUCCGACAUUUCUCGAAUUUUCGAUCCGCUUGGGCUCGUUAGUCCAGUCACAGUAGAAGCUAAAUUAUUCUUGCAACACUUGUGGACGCUGAAACUUGAUUGGGACGAAGAAUUGUCAAACGAGCUAACCUGUCAAUGGGUGCGUUACAUGGAAAGCUUAAACUGUCUCAAUAACAUAAAACAGCCACGUCAUCUUUUCGGAAACGAGAUUCCAAAAUCAACGCAAAUACAUGCUUUCGCCGAUGCUUCAGAACGAGCUUACGGCGGAGUAAUUUAUCUACGUUCCAUUACGCAGCACGGACAAGUGAUUGUCCGCCUCCUUUGUGCUAAAUCGAGAUUAGCCCCAAUCAAGAAAUUAACAACCCCAAAGUUAGAACUAUGCGCCGCUCUACUAACAGCACAAUUAUUAGCUAAGGUAAAAAAUUGCAUGCAGUUGACAGAUACCACAACACAUUUAUGGACAGACUCGGAAAUUGUGUUGGCAUGGAUCAAUUCAUCGGCAGCCUCCUACUACGCAUUCGUGGCAAAUAGGGUGACAAAAAUUCUCGAAAUUUCCAGCAAGAGCCAAUGGCGACAUGUUAGAUCCAAAGAUAAUCCUGCCGACAUACUAUCGCGCGGCAUUGAAGCAUCCAAACUAAGCAGCUGCCACUUAUGGUUUUACGGUCCUAUGUUCCUGCAUGGUCAUCAGUCACUAUGGCCUGCUCCAUUCAAAGCCAGAUCAGAAUGUAAAGUGGAACUUAAGAGAUCGAUACAUGCAGUAACAAUCGAUCCCAACAAACCACAUUUCUUACACAAUAUCGAUCAUAAGAAUUCCUUUUCCAAAUUGGAAAGAAUAACUGCUUAUGUUAUUCGUUGCACACAAAUUCUCCGGAAGGCAUCAUUGGAACAAAACGAAUGUCACUUAUCCAGUGUAGAAUUGACACGUGCUCGUCAAGUGAUCAUUCGCAUGAUACAAGACGAGGGAUUAGCAGAAGAAAAAAAUUCACUUCGUAAGGGCUUAGAAGUCAGAAAAACUAGUACAAUUAAGGCUUUGUCUCCAUUCAUUGAUCAACAAGGUCUUCUAAGAGUUGGCGGGCGGCUUCAAUCUUCCUCACUUUCAUUUGAGGCGAAGCACCCAGUCUUGCUACCAGAUUGCCCAUUAACAAGGCUGUUAAUACAAGAGACUCAUGUCCGCAACAAACAUAUUGGACCACAAGGAUUAAUGGCAAUCAUGCGACAGCAAUACUGGCCACUCAAAGGAAAGAUGAUAGCAAGAACUAUUAUUCACAAAUGCGUUAUCUGCACCAAGGCGAAACCGACACUACUAAAUCAAAUCAUGGGAAACUUGCCAACUGAUCGCGUUGAACCAGCACGAGCAUUUGUAAACUCAGGAGCUGACUUUUGGGGUCCAAUAUGGACUCAUUAUCGUAUCAGGGGAAAACGUCCAACAAAAAGCUACGUGGCCGUAUUUUGUUGCUUUGCAACAAAGGCCAUACAUAUGGAGGUAGUCACAGAUCUUACAACUGACGCAUUCAUCAUGGCAUUAAAACGUUUCAUAGGAAGAAGAGGGAUGUGCCGGAAAAUAUACUGUGACAAUGCCACUAAUUUCGUUGGAGCUAAUAAGGAACUUGCUGAACUAAAAAAUGCCGUGUUCGAUGAAAGAAGCCAAGAAAAAAUACAGGGUGUUUGCUGUUCGUACAAUAUCGAUUUUAAGUUCAUCCCACCACGAGCCCCACACUUCGGUGGAUUGUGGGAAGCUGCCGUCAAGUCAGCAAAAAAUCUAUUUAAACGAAGUGCAUCGAACGUCAGUCUUACAUACGAGGAGUUAGAAACACUCAUAAUAGAAAUCGAAGCGAUUUUGAAUUCGAGACCACUAACUCCGACGUCAUCAGAUGCUAACGACCUAACCGCCAUAACUGCUGGACAUAUCUUAAUCGGUGAUCCCCUCACUGCAACAAUUCAUGUUGACGCGAAGCCUCUACAUUUAAAUUUAAAAAAAAAGAUAUGA